AGUUCAGGUCACUCUCUGUAAUACUCUCUUUACCCAGAGCUACACUGACUGUAGAGCCCAAAUGGAGUCCUGUGUUCACUGGAGAGUCAGUCACUCUGAAGUGUGAGAUGGAGUCUCACAGUGACUGGAGAUAUCAGUGGUAUAAAGGCAGCAGUGGCACUGCAGUCAAUCAGUCUCAGACAAACACCUUCACCAUCAGAUCAGCAGCAGAUCAGGAUCAGUACUGGUGUAAAGGACAGAGAGAUAACAGACCCUCAUCAUCACAACUCAGCAAUCCUGUUACUCUCACAGUGAAAGAUGGUUCUGUGAUUCUGGAGAGUCCUGUUCAUCCUGUGACUGAGGGAGAUCCUCUGACUCUGCGCUGUUUAUAUCGUGACCCAAAGCCCUCAAACCUCACAGCUGAGUUCUAUAAAGAUGGAUCACUCCUCCAGACUCAGACUACAGGAGAGAUGACCAUCCCUACUGUCUCAAAGUCAGAUGAAGGUCUCUACUACUGUAAACACCCAGAGAAGGGAGAGUGA